GUUCUGAGCAUGGAGCUGUCCGCGGUUGGCGAGCGGGUGUUCGCCGCGGAGUCCCUGCUCAAGAGACGCAUCCGGAAGGGCCGCAUGGAGUAUCUGGUGAAGUGGAAGGGAUGGUCUCAAAAGUACAGCACUUGGGAGCCAGAAGAGAACAUUCUGGAUGCCAGAUUAGUAGCAGCUUUUGAAGACAGGGAGCGAGAAAGAGAGAUGUAUGGUCCAAAAAAACGAGGCCCUAAACCUAAAACUUUUCUCCUGAAGGCACAAGCCAAGGCAAAUGCAAAAACAUAUGAGUUCCGCAGUGAAUCUACUCGUGGAGUUAGGAUACCAUAUCCUGGUCACCCUCCUCAGGAGCUGCCAUCCAGAUCCAGAGAAGGAUUACGGAGCAUACCCACCUCUUCCCAGGGGAGCAGUGCAACCAGAGGAGACAUCUUCAGCGAGAGGCUAGGGAGGACAGAGAUGAGAGGAGAACAUUAUCCAAUGAAAAUUAAAAGGAAAAAGAAACACCACAGUGACAAAGGACUUUGUGAGGUAGGCAACCAGGCCAUCAGGAUCUCAACUGCCAUUUCCUCCAACCAGCUAGAGACAGUCACCGGCUCUGCCAGAACAGAUAAUCCCAGUGCAGGGAAAUAUCAUGCUCCUCAUAGUGUCAUCCAGUUAGCAAGACGUCAGGACACAGAUUUGGGACCUUCCAGCCACGUAGGUCCUGGUUUCAUGCACAGGGAACGUGCUUUGACACAGACUGGGCAAGAUAUCCAGGAGCAGCUUAGUACCGACAACCACCCACACAGGACCAAACACAGAGUUGACUUCAUGGCCUCUGUGUGCAAAGAGUCAAGUGUUUCAAGAAGCAGGAACAGCUUGGGAUACCAGGAACAAAUAUCCGACUUCUACAGGGGAGCAUUGGGAACCCAUGGUGGGAAACCCUCCCUCAUUGCCCGAAUACCUGUUGCUAGGAUCUUGGGGGAACCUGAAGAGGAACCAUGGAGACCCCCAGUGGAGAACUUUGAGAAAGUGGUGGUGACAGAUGUUACGUCAAACUUUCUCACUGUUACAAUAAAGGAGAGCAACACUGAUCAAGGUUUCUUCAAGGAGAAAAGAUGAGAUUACUCUUUUUUGCCCCCUUUAUACAUAUAUAUUAUAUACAUCUAUACCCGUAUGAGUACAUUCUGGUACCAGCUUGAUUUUGUGAUAAUAGAGCCGGCUAUGGUUACAGAGAGCACAGUGACUUCAGAUAUCGAGCCUGCUACAAGACUUGACCAGAACACUUGUACAAAUGCUGAUCACCAAUGCAUGGAGGGGAUGGCAGGCAAAAAAAAAUUAAUAUAUUCCCUUUACAUUCACAAAUCAGUAAUACUUUUAGCCACAGGGGUCAACUCUCAGUAACUUUCCCACAUUAUAUGCUGUAUGUGUUGUCAGUCUAAGGACACCUUCCUGGGGCACCGCUGCCUUUCUCUGCCACCUGUGCACGCUCCAUGGCUUAUACAUAGUCUCGCUCACUCGGUUGUGCACACUCGCACACACUUCACGAAUUUCAGGCACAAAUACCCACAAAUCUAAGAGGCACAAUGCAAUUUAAAAAAAAAUAUGUGCAGCUCUUCUCUUCGACAGAGUUUUUCAAAGAACAAUCUUGAUUGUUUUAUUUGUUUGUUCCGAUAACGGAUUCCCUAAAAAUGUUUUCUAUUAGCUGUAAAUAUGUUAUUUAAAAUAAUAUAAUUCUGCAAAAGCUAUAAAUCAAUCUGUUCAUCUCUAAAGCUCCCCCUUCUAUCCUUAAAAUCCACAACCGUUUUAGGUUUUGGUCUCAAUUAAAAGGAAAAUGUACUUUUUUUUUCUGAU